AUGGGACAGGCUGGCUCGAAGCAAGAGAUGUUCUGGGAGGCAUGUGGGUUUGGCAGAGCUCACUUAGUGCAGAAAUUCAUUGAGCAUGGCAUUGAUGUCAACUGGGUGUCAUCAGUUCAUGCCUACAGCCCUAUUCACGUGGCAUCUCAAGGCAAACCGGAAGUGGUGCAGCUGCUGAUAGACGCUGACUGUGAUCUGACAGUUGUUGAUUUGAGAGGAAGCACAGCAGUUCAUCAUGCAGCCAUGAAGGGACACGCUGACAUCAUCCAGAUGUUGGUUGAUGCUGGAGCUGAUAUCAAUGCUCAGGACAAGAAUGGCUGGAGCCCACUUCACUGUGCUGCAUACUAUGCCCAGCUGAGAGCUGUGGAAGUUCUUCUCAGAAACAAAGCGGACACCAGUAUUGUAAACAAGGAUGGGAGAUCUGCCUUAGUGGAGGCAGCCAGAUCUAAAAACUAUCAGGAUGAAAGGAUUCUGGGAGAAAUUGCCAGACGUUUGAUUGAGGCAGGCUCUGAUGUGCAUCUCAGGUGUGCAGACCUUGGAGAGGCGGAUUUCACGGGAUUGAUGUUUGCUUCAUACCACAACCACAUUGAAGUUGGCAGAGCUUUCAUAGAAGGCAGCUGUGACCUCAACUGUGCCAGCUGUUUUACCAGAUGGACCGCUUUGCACUGGGCAGCUGACUGUGACAAUGCACAGAUGGUCACCCUGUUACUUGAGGCCGGAGCAGACCCUACCAGAACUGGAAUGAGGGGAGAGUUGCCUGUUCACAGAGCCAAGGGUGUUCAGACCAGAAUGGUUUUGGAGAAUGCUACCAGCUCUUGGCUUGAGACAAACAAGACAGCAUUGACAUCCUGGUCAUCGUUACACUCUUGUUAUGCUCAGGCAUCUCUGGAUGCUGCCAGAGCUUUAGAG